AUGGGUGUUCUGCGCUAUCCGAGGAUGAGACUGUACUGGAGGCCAAGCAUGAAAUCGGCUCUUGUAGCGUCAACUGGACUGUCACGCAACCGCUUUGAGAAGCUGCGGAACAACCUGCACAUCGUUGAUGUCAAUAACCCCAGCACGACUGACCGCCUUUGGAAGGUUAGGCCGCUAAUGGAUGCUUUUCAAAAACGGUGCAAUGAGCUCGAUGUAGAGGAGCGCCUUUCCCUUGAUGAGCAGAUUGUGCCAUUCAAAGGCCGUCUUGACAUCAAACAAUACAUCAGGGGAAAGCCAAACCCAUGGGGAGUGAAAAUAUUUAUGCUUUGUGGCGAAUCUGGCCUUAUCUACGACUUUCUUCCAUACCAAGGAUCGACAACUAGCUUAGCUGAGGACCUAAAGUGCAACUUUGGUAUCACAGGUGCAAUAGUUCUGCAACUGGCUCAGCGCAUACCAUCUGGUUUGGGACAUAAGCUGUUCUUUGACAACUAUUUUACGUCUGUGCCUUUGCUUCGUGAAAUGCUGAAGAAGAAAAUAUUUGCUGCCGGAACAGUAAGGUCCAACCGAUGUGAAAAAUGUCCCUUGAUGAGCGAAAAGGACCUCAAGAAGAAAGGACGUGGCUCAUCUGAUUGCCUCGUGAGUGGGGAUGGACAGGUGGUCGUGACGAGGUGGAUGGACAACAGGGUGGUGACCUUGGCAUCCAACUUUGUUGCUGUGGAGAACGAAGACACCGCUCGCCGGUGGAGCAAAGCAGACAAGUGUUUUCUCGACAUCAAACGACCAGCUGUAGUCGGUGCAUACAACCGCAGCAUGGGUGGCGUCGACAAAGUGGAUUUUCUUGUAGCUCUUUAUCGCACGACCAUCCGAUCGAGGAAGUGGACACUCAGGAUGAUAUUUCAUUUCAUGAACCUGGCAGUUGUGAACGCCUGGCUCGAGUACAGGAAAGACGCUGACAAGCAGCUUAUCUUGCCCACUAAACAGCUCGACCUACUUGACUUUACCUUAGGUGUCAUUGAGGCACUUUCAGCAGCUGAGAGCAAACCUGUGUCGCGGAAGAGAGGGAGGCCCUCGGAUUCUCCUCUGCAGCCUUCCAAGCAACUGAGGUUCGCAGAAAACAGGCCUGUUCAAGAUGUCAGGUUCGAUCAAAUGGGUCAUUGGCCUGUUCACAAAGACUCAAGGGAGCAACGAUGCAAGAUGGAGCGCUGCACUGGGAAAACUCGAGUCAUGUGUGACAAAUGCAACGUUCACUUGUGCUUGACCAAGUCCAGAAACUGCUUUAAGGCGUUUCACCUGCGGAACUAAGACAAUUUCUGCCUCGUUAGCUCUCCUGCGGACUUUGUAAAUAAAGCACCGACAACUUUCAUUUUACAACCCUUGAGCCCUGAUGUCCUGUUUUGACGCCAUAUCGCUAACUCGGUUAUUAGAUCGACUACAAGGCUCAAAUUUU